AUGGCGGCAGCGUCGGCCAACGGGCAGGAGGUGCCGAACAAGCGGGUGAUCCUGAAGAGUUACGUGACGGGGUUCCCACGGAGGACGACAUGGAGGUGGUCACCGGCACCGUGCGCCUCGCCUUGCUGCGCCGAAAUGAACAGGCUGACGGUGGUCAAGAACCUCUACGUCUCCUGCGACCCGUACAUGCGCGGCCGCAUGACAAAGCACGACAAGCCCAGCUACGUCCCGGACAUCGUCGUGGGCGAGGUGAUAGCAUCUGGGCAUCCGGAUUUCAAGGUUGGCGAUCUCGUGUGGGGGAUGACCGGAUGGGAGGAGUACACUUUCGUCCCUAAGCCAGAGUCAUUUUUGAAGAUCAAUCAUCCUGAAUUGCCUCUGUCGUACUACACGUACGGGUGUUCUUGUGCUGGUUCUGACGAGAAGGUCAAUCUUCUAAAAUCCAAGUUUGGCUUCGAUGAAGCAUUCAACUACAAGAAAGAGCAGGACCUGGAUGCCGCCUUGAGGAGGUACUUCCUAGAGGGCAUUGACAUCUACUUUGAGAACGUGGGUGGCCACACACUAGUGGUUGUGCUGUCCAACAUGCGCAACCAUGGGCGGAUCCCUACCCGUGGAAUGAUCUCACAGUACAACCUGGAGGAGCCAGAGGGCGUGCACAACCUAUUCGAAAUCAUCGGCAAGGGCCUGCGCAUGGAGGGCUUCAUGGUCUUCGACUACUACGGCCACUACCACAAGUUCGAGCAGGAGAAUGGCCGGGUACCUCAAGGAGGGAAAGAUUACCUACAUCGAGGACAUCGCUGA